UUCGGCUGCAGUCACACUUCGUCUGCAAUUUUCAAGACUUAUACACGCGCGCUUGUUUUUCGGUUCGCAUUGAAAAAAACGGCAAAUUAUAAAGCGAAGGAGUAACUUAAAUUCUGGAUAAAAACCUAUUUUAUACCAGGUCGUUAGUAGUAAAAAAAUUAAUAUUCCGAUCGUAUACAUAUCGCAAUUAUCGGCUCAACUCUGGUGCGAGUGCGACAGCAAUAGCAGGCCGAGUGCAGCAGUACGAUUGCAGCGAAGUUAAGGGGAAAACCAAAGAAGUUAAUAAUUAUUGGAGUGGAGCUCACAACGAGCAAAAAUCCAAAAUAAACCAUAAACUUCACGACUAGUUAUGGAACCCAGGAACGGAUAAAAAACAACGGGAAGGGAGUUUUCGGCCCCGCGACAACAACAACAACAGACAGUGGAAGAACAAGACUGCGACGGCCACUCCUUUUGUGUCCGACUUCGAGAUGUGUGCGUGUUCGUGUCCGCGUCCGCCUUUGUGUGUUGAGCAAUUGAAAACUGGUGAUUGCUGAAUAAAUUAAGGUAGCUAAAUUAAUAAUUAGCGAAGCGAGUUAGGCCAAUAAAAAGUGAAAAUCUUCUGCGUUUUCGUAAAGCGAAAGAAACUACAGCUACAGUUAGAGAUAAGAAGAGCUCUCUCACUCACACACACAUACAAAAGCGCAGGCCGACGAACGAGUGUGCGUGCGUGUGCAUGUGUUUAUGACUCACGGCUGGUUCAGUGAGACUGUGUGAUAGAGAGAGAAAAAGAGCGAGAGUGGUGGCUUGAGUAACAGUAACAAUACAGAAGGCAAACAACAACAAAUCCGCCGAACGUUUAGAAUUUUCCAAGUCGAGCGUAACUAAACGCAUUGGAAGAAAAUCCCCACGCUCACACACAUAACCACUUCACAUAAAGGGAAAGAGAGAAAGCCGCUGGAAAGAUGAGCUUCACCAAGUGGUUUAAGAAGAAGGGCGGAGAUGGGGGAUCAAUUUCCGAAAUCGGUGCACCCACAAACUUCCAACGGCACUUUCAUGUCUCGCGCAACCAGGAAACGGGUGAUCUGGAAGGCCUUCCAGCGCCCUGGGUGCGACUGAUGAACUCACAGAUCACUCGCGAUGAACAGGACAAGAAUCCAGAUGCCGCCUACCAUGCCGUCAAGUUCUACAACUAUUCGAUUAAGAAAAAGGAAAAUGAGGUAUUUAAGCCCUUCAUCACCGAGGAUGUAAUCCACGAGGAGUCCAAGGAAAUCGAGAACUAUGUAAACUAUAAGAACAAGCACAAGUCGCAGGACCCAGAAAAAUCCGACGACGAUGGCAGUUCCACAGCUACGGAAACGGAAAGUAGCAGCGGUUGUGGCUCCUCGGCGGGAAAUAGCAACAGUAGCAGCAUCAACGAUAGCAGCCAACAGUCAACGGUGCCGCUGGAUGCCUUAGAAGAGGUAUUCAAAGAACUGAAAUCCAACUUAGAGCACCGCGAAACACUUAAGGCGGUGCCACAGGAACCCCCACCAGUACCGCCCAAGAAAUCCCCACAUACCAUGCCGCCCAAGCCGCAGAUUAAGCCAAAACCCCGGGUAACCCAGAAGUUCUCAAGAACAUCAGAUCUCCGGCGGGAUGAGGAUUCCGACAAUCAGCACAAGAUCAACACAGAUACCAUCAUUAUCAAGCCAGCCGGCGGUGCCCAGGAUGCUGGAGGGGAUGACAAUCCAGACGAGACGAUACUCCGUCGAUCGAAGGAGAAGAGGGCUCAGAAGACCGAUGCCGAGAUUUACGAUGAGCUAAGGGCCAUUUGCAAUCCAGAGGACCCAAGAGAACGUUAUAAGACCACCCAGGAGGUUGGAAAAGGUGCUUCCGGUAUAGUCUUCAUAGCUGGAGAUUUGCAGAACGAGUCGCAGGUGGCCGUCAAGACCAUCGAUAUGAAGAACCAGUCCUCCAAGGAUCUCAUACUCACCGAAAUUCGAGUUUUAAAGGACUUCAACCACAAGAACCUGGUGAACUUCCUGGAUGCCUACCUACUGGAGCCCGAGGACCAGCUCUGGGUGGUUAUGGAGUACAUGGAUGGGGGCCCGCUGACUGACGUUGUUACCGAGACUGUGAUGAAGGAACGCCAAAUAGCGUGCGUUUGCCGAGAGACGCUCUACGCGAUCAGUUUCCUGCACGCCAAAGGCAUUAUUCACCGGGACAUCAAGUCGGACAACGUGCUGUUGGGCAUGGAUGGCUGCGUCAAAGUGACUGACUUUGGGUUCUGCGCCAACAUUGAGGGAGAUGAGAAGCGCCAAACAAUGGUGGGAACCCCGUACUGGAUGGCCCCCGAGGUGGUCACGCGUAAGAAGUACGGCAAGAAAGUAGACAUAUGGUCCAUCGGCAUCAUGGCCAUCGAAAUGAUCGAAGGUCAGCCGCCCUAUUUGUACGAGACUCCGCUCCGCGCACUCUACCUGAUCGCCGCCAACGGUCGGCCGGACAUCAAGAGCUGGGACAAGCUCAGUCCCAACCUGCAAGACUUCCUAGACCGUUGCCUCCAGGUGGAGGUUGAUCGAAGAGCUACCGCCGACGAGCUUCUUAGCCACCCAUUCCUCAACGACUGCAGCGAGGUCAAGGCCCUGGUGCCCAACAUCAAGGCCGCCAAGAAGGUGCUCCGACGCAACGUAUAGUUGCUGUGCAAUCACCGGACGGCCAGGCUGCUCUACGCGUGAUCGGAAGCGGGAUCGGGAUCUGCCCCGUGUGUAUAAUGAGUUUUCAAUGUAAAUUUGUUUUGUGUGGACGAAACCGGAACUGGAACUGGAACAGAAUGCUGAUCGUAGUCUUUGUAGUGUGUACAACCGUAGAAAUAGCGAGAGCAGGACUAGGACCCGGCGACUCCCCUUCGAAAACAGCACGAGACAGCGAAGGCAGAGGAGAUGACGCCGGAAAAACUGGCAGGAAGCAGUCGCAAAACGGUGGAUCCAAACCGCAUCGCUCGAGCAGUUCAUCGAUGAUAGAGGGACGGGGUUAUCGCUUAGAUUAGAUUGUCCUAUGGCAAAUUAGCUUACUUCGUACAUGGCGCAUAUACAUGCAUAGAUGUGUAUAUGUGACAACGCACACAAACACGCACAUAUGAUAUAAAUACUGUAUUAUUAACUGUAGGAACAUAAGUUUGAUUACUCUUUAUAUACCCGUAUAUAUACAUAAUUGUGAUUUAAGCGAUUUUAUCAAAUCUGCAUAAUGCGAUUCUUUAUAAAAUUAGUCGUAGUCAGUAAGUGCAAACGAAACCCUAAACAGAGAACAUGCAAUACUUGUUGUAAAUUACCAAAAAACAAAAGAAGAAAAAAAAAAAACAAAAAAUCAAAACAAAAGCGAAGACGAUAAUUAUAGCAAGUCGAAAUGAGUGUAACAAGUGCCAUUAGGACUAGAGCUAGCAGCAGCAAGCGACACACCAGUAGCAAAAGCAAAAUUAUCUCCACAAUUUAUGCAUUUCCCAUAGUAUACAGAUAUCAAUGCAACAGAUAACUAAUUAGACAGCUAGAUUGCCGGAGCUUGUAUAUUAGCUGAUAUUCGCAGUGUUGAAGGGAUUGAAUGAAAAAGUUUGAUAUUCCAUUUUAAUUAGUACAAACUUAAGACUAACCAAAACGCCACAAAGGAACAGAUUAAAAUAGACUUCCUUGUUCCUUCCCCCGAGAUAUUUGCCAUACGCACAAAGAAAAUUGUAACUCUAAAAAGAACCCUAUCAUAAUAGAGAUGUUAUUUAACGCCGUAA